GUCAUCCGGACAGUUUGUAAUUAGUUGUCUCCCUCUCCAGAGAUCCUGAGACACAAACCUCCAGACGGAGAGGAAAAGAUAGUCUAGCUGAAAACUUGGGUGUCAUUCUUGUAUUUUCUUGAGAUUCAUUUGUGACCCCAAAUUGUUCUACCUUCAACAUUUACGCAGGACCACUUUUAAUCUGGAAGAAGCAACUCUUCCUGAUCCUUGAACAUGUGAUUUUUUAAGAUUUAUUUUACAAGUGCAUCCUGGGAGCUGCAGAUACACACUGGAGCAGAACAAAGAAGUCCUGAACACUUUUCAGCUGCUACGGUUGACCUCUAUAACACAUUCAUGGAGAAGACACUGACACUAGGCCUGACUCUCUUCUUAACGCUCUGUGUGGACGUACCAGGAGCUGGAGGACAGAGGGAGGAGGCUCAUAAACGUUCACCUCGGUCUCCGGAUGCAAAAGGAGGCCGUUGCUCCUACACUUUCAUCGUCCCGCAGCAAAAACUGACUGGCGCGCUGUGUUUGAACACGCAGUCUGCUUCUACCACCAACCAGUCGGAGGUGGCGGCGCUGCGGGUGGAGCUCAAGCGGCAGCAGGAGCAGCUGGAGAAGCUCCGGGGCCAACUGGAGCAGGAGGGGUCCCUCGUCAUGGAGGUGAGAGCCCUGCGCAAAGAGAGCAACGGCAUGAACUCUCGCAUUGCCCAGCUCUACGCCCAGCUGCUGCAUGAAGUCAUGCACAAGAAAGACCAGGCUUCAGAGCAGCGACGGGUGGAGAACCUGCUGCUGAAUGCUACGACACAGGCGCUGCAGGUGUCCAGUAACUACCGGGAGCUGGAGAAGAAAUACGGAGCCCUCAUCUCCAUGAUGAACUCCCAGAACCAGUUUAUCGUCCGUCUGGAGAAGCAGUGCCAGUGCAGAGAGUCCACACCGGCCCUUCUGGUGACGACUGAACCACCAAAAAGCCAGCCUAAUGUGCAUCCUAAUUACAGCUCUGAAGCCGGAGAAAUGACCAAUGACGUUCAAAGAGAUCAGAGUGCUCUUCCACCGCAGCAGGAAACCACUGUUCUCCCCUCCACCACUACCGCCAACACUCCUACAGACCCGCCAUUCAUCAGCUUCCCCGUCACAAAGACGCCAGGGCCGUGGCGAGACUGCCAGCAUGUUCUGGAAUCAGGCGAGACCACCAGCGGGAUCUACCUGCUCCGUCCACAGAGCGCCAACCGUCUCCUGCAGGCCUGGUGUGAGCAGAGUCAGGCUCAGGGAGGGUGGACGGUCAUCCAGAGGAGACAGGACGGGUCGGUCAACUUCUUCAGGACUUGGGAGCAGUAUAAGCAAGGCUUUGGGAACCUAGACGGAGAGUACUGGCUCGGCCUGGAGCACCUCUACUGGCUCACUAAACAGGCCCAGUAUAAGCUACGGGUGGCUCUGGAGGACUGGCAGGGCCGCCAGGUAUUUGCAGAGUACGACAGCUUCCACCUGGAACCGGAGAGCGACUGGUACAGGCUGCGGUUGGGACAAUACCACGGCAACGCAGGGGACUCCCUCUCAUGGCACAACAACAAGGCCUUCACCACUCUGGAUCGAGACAAGGACAGUUACACAGGAAAUUGCGCUCAUUACCAAAAAGGAGGCUGGUGGUACCACAUGUGUGCCCACUCCAAUCUGAACGGCGUGUGGUACCGGGGCGGACACUACCGCAGCCGCUACCAGGACGGGGUCUACUGGGCCGAGUUCCACGGGGGGUCCUACUCUCUCAAACGAGUUUCCAUGAUGAUCAAACCCACAUAGCAGUUGCAUUAUGGAUAUGUGAGAAAGAAAUGAUGAACUGAUACAGACCUUAAAGAAUAUGUGUCAGUGUUAUCCCUGUGCAGUGUGUCUGUUUAAUAAACAGUCAUCUCCACAUGUUGAUUAGAUGCCAGUCAGUGACGUGUAAAGACUGAAUCAUCAGAUAAUGACUAACAUGUUGACAUGUCUGUCCUGUUUUGCAAUUUCCUGACAAAAUUUUUCAUUUUGCAAUCUACUUUUCAAUAAAAUUAUACCAAAUUAUUUAUUUGAAUAAAUAGAAAUUCAUACAGUGAGUGAUGCACAAAAUAUGGAAGGGGAGGAGUGUCAUCUGCAGUUGCUCCACAAAGAACAAACUGUGGUUUUCGGUGUCAUAUUUCCGUUUUUUGCAGGCAGUUUCCUGUACAAUAGGGCGUUGAGUUUCCCUUGGUACACUUUCUUUUCAUCUUGCUGAGCUCGUGUCACUGUCAGCAGCAGGUCGUCGCCCUCAGGGUCAGCUCUGAGCCACGGUCCAUCUCAUCUCAUCCAGGUACUGAAGCUGGACAUCUUCCUGGACCAUCCUGAAAGUCGCCUCACCUCUACCAUCCACCUCCUUCCUCCCGCAUACUGACAGAUAGCAUGCUGCGUCUCAGGAUGUUGGGCCUCCUCAUGCUCGUGUUUUCACUGUGUGG